AUGUCCAGAUAUCACCCAGGACAUGGGCAACGCGAGCAUCGGGGAUCUGCACCCACUCGACGUGGGUUCGCACGACCAUCCGAUGCGGCAGAUGAGCCGAGAACUGGGCCACUGAUUCUGGAAGAGAAAACGACGGAGACCACCAGUUCAGCAGGUCCAGAGGAUCAGCAAUUGAAAGUUUUUAAUAAUCCAUAUGCGUCGUUGAAUAUACAGCAACAAAGGAUUAGGCUGCCUAUUUUUAAGAACCGCGGCCACAUCCUCUACAUGUGUGAACGCUACCGUACUCUAAUCAUUGUUGGCGAGACGGGAUGUGGAAAAAGCACCCAAGUCCCACAGUUUCUUCUGGAAUUUGGCUGGGCCGACGACGGACGACAAAUUGCAAUUACUCAGCCCAGAAGGGUUGCCGUGGUUACGCUAGCCACUCGUGUUGCCGAGGAGACGGACACUCUUCUUGGGCACAAUAUCGGAUAUACAGUAAGAUUUGAUGACGUGUCAGAUGAAGCGACAAAAGUGAAAUUCAUGACAGAUGGGCUAUUGUUAAGAGAGAUUCUGCAAGAUCCAAUGUUAUCCAAGUACAGCAUCAUAAUGAUUGAUGAGGCUCACGAACGCUCAUGUAACACGGAUAUCCUAUUGGGCUUGCUUCGAAAAAUCAUGCAAGUCCGGAAUGAUUUACGCAUUAUUGUGUCCUCUGCGACACUCGACGCGGAGCUGUUUCGCGAUUUUUUCGAGAUGAACGAGACGGGAAAUCCGGAAAAAGAUACUGCGGCGAUUCUUUCGGUGGAGGGAAGGACACAUCCGGUCGCUGUUCAUCAUACGAAAACACCCGUCCCAAACUAUUGUCAAGCCGCUGUGGAUACGGUAAUCAACAUUCACAAACACGAAAUGCCUGGAGACAUUCUAGUGUUUCUAACGGGUCAAGAUGAGGUAGAAGACGUUUGUGAGAAGUUGAGAGAGGAGGCAAGGAAACUCAGAAAUUGUGAUAAGCUAUGGGUUGUACCUUGUUAUGGAGCAUUGCCAGCCAGCGAACAAAUGAAGGCGUUCGACUCAACACCUCAUGGCACUCGAAAAGUAGUCGUCGCCACGAAUAUUGCUGAAGCAUCCAUCACGAUUCCCGGAAUUUGCUACGUCAUCGACACUGGAUAUGUAAAACUACGGGCGGUCAAUGCUAACAACGGUGUAGAGUCCCUAAUGAGGGUUACUGUAUCCCAAGCGUCGGCUGAACAACGAGCGGGAAGAGCCGGAAGAAUUCGUCCUGGAAAAUGCUAUCGGCUGUAUCCAGAGAGCGAGUUUCGCAAGUUUUCGGAGGGGACUAUUCCAGAAAUCCAACGGUGUCAUUUGGCGGCAACGAUUCUUCAGCUGAAGGCGUUAGGUGUACAGAAUGUGCACAAAUUUCAUUAUUUAUCGCCUCCUCCUUCGUGGUCAAUGAUUCAAGGAUUGGAACUCUUGUAUGCUCUUGGAGCUAUCGAUGAAUCAUCCCAACUAACCGAUCCUCUCGGCCUCCAAAUGGCAGAGUUUCCUCUCCCACCAAUGCAUAGCAAGUGUCUUCUGAAGUCCGCCGAAUUCGGAUGCAGCGAUGAAAUCGUCACUAUCGUCGCCAUGAUGCAGAUUCAGGACGUCUUCCUAACCCCAUUCCGUGCUCGUCAUCAAGCUGACAUCAUCAGAAAAAAGUUUUCAGUUGAAGAGGGAGAUCAUAUGACAAUGUUGAAUGUUUUCACGAAGUUUGUAGAGAAUGGGCGGAGCAAGAAAUGGUGCUCCGAUCAUUUUGUAAAUUAUCGAGGGCUUAUGAGAGCGGACAAUGUGAGAAGCCAGUUGGUUCGACUGCUGAAGAGAUUUGAGAUUCCAAAAGUCUCGUGUCGUGGAUUGAUUAACGCCUCGGAAAACAUCCGUCAAUGCCUGGUGACUGGAUUCUUCUCCCAAGCGGCUCAGUAUCAUUAUACUGGAAAAUAUAUGACUGUCAAGGAGAAUUUCCCAUUCAACGUUUAUAAAGGAUCAUCGAUUAUGUUCAAAAAGGACUAUCCGAAAUGGGUAAUCUUCACUGAAGUGAUGCAAGAUUCAAUCCGUGACGUCACUGUAAUCGAACCGGAAUGGCUCUAUGAAUUGGCUCCACAUUAUUACGAGUUCGGUACUGAAGGAGAGCUGGCGGAGAAGAGAAUGCGAGGAGGACAAUGA